AUGAAUGGUCGUCUCACGCUCUCUGACCCUUCUGUGAAAAAACUAGCAAAGGUCAGCUGUGUUCAUGAGAGAUACCAUGAUGCCUUGCCCAAGCUACAAGGUGAAGCUGACUGGCAGCAAUGGAGUGAUGCAUUGCAACACGCUGCCUUGAUGGCAGGCACUGACGCUGUCCUCAAUGGUGAAUCGAAGCAUCCAUCGCCACUAGACGAAACACAAAGUACCAUCGCGGAAUGGAAUGACAACAUCAGACGCACUGCGAUCUGGCGCGCUCGCAACGAAAGCUUACUGAAGGCUAUGCGCAGCGCCUCGGAUAUCGACUUUGGUGAAUUUGAAGGCUUGAACGCACAUCACACUUACCUCAACCUCAAGUCGAAAUAUCGCGUCUCCGACAGCCAACAGAUAUUCAAGCUGUUUAGUGAAGAUCUUAUGGUAGGAUACGAACUGGAUACCUCACCUAGAAUGAUUGCCGAUCAGCUUCAAGAUGCUUUCAAUCGUUACAAUCACUUGGUCGGUCACAAUACGGAGCAGCGUCUUCCGGAAACCUUCUUGAAGAUGGCAUUCCUUGAUGCCUUCGACCCUGAGUAUAACGAGUGGCGCAAUGCGUUGUUGAAGGAUCGCAAUGUUCUGGCGUUGGACGAAGGAUCGGCUCUUACGUUCGAAGAGCUUGUUGACUUCGCCAUUGCUGAGCACGAUCGACAAUCAAAAGAGCAAAAGAACAGCAACCCCUCCAAACCAACAGCGCCACAACGACCGUCGAAACGCGACAUCUCGCAAGUCGGGGAAGACUCGCAUUCUGCUUCGAGAAUGUAUUGCAGCGUACCUCAUCACUCAACAUCUAAUAUGUCACUCCACACAAAUCAAGAAUGCCUGUUACAGAACCCUCGCCUACGUCCGAAGAAUUGGAGGCCAAACCGACGAGAUAAGAAAUAUCUUGCAAAGCAUCCUCAACUUGAAAACUACGCAUCAGACAACGAAUCGGACAGUAGUUUAGAAGAUCUUGCCGAAGACGAAGAUGAAGCUAACCAGGCGAUGUCUGUUGGUGUACAAGAUGCUACGCAAGACGCAGUGGCUGAUCAUGGACUGGCACUCAAAGCAUUGGACAGCAGGCGUUGGUCGACGCUGGCGAAGAUGCACUGGAAUGAGUUGCAAUCUCACAUCGACAGCAUGAAACGCACGCUCAGAAGCAACAACUCUAAGAAGUUUCCAAAGCACUUGGCACUGGAUCGAGGAAAUCUGUCUGGAACGUGGUUGCUGUAUAAAUACUCAUAUAACCCAGGCACCAAUGGUCAUCACCACAUGCAUAUCUGGGAAGCGACAAGGCCUAGACAGCAAGGAUAUUUUGAAGGCGAGCUGACAAUUGGACGGCAAGGACAUUCCGUCACACUCGCCAUUUGUAGAUUUUCGCCGUCUACCCAGGUUACAGGCCGGGCUUUUCAAACCUGGUUCACAGACUCUGAUGGUCAAAAGCGUAGGGGUUCGAUGGCGCUUUGGGGAUCUGGCAAGAUGCGCAUCUCGGCUCCUGUGCCUUUUCGUAGGUAUGGUCAGGAUGUUUUGGCGCAACGAAACUUUGCAGGAGUCUGGAUUAAUUCUCCUCAAAGUAGAGGAAGGAAAACCUGA